AUGGAGGCGGCGGGCGGCGCGGCCCCGGCCCCGGCCCGGGCUCGGCCGGCCCAGCCCCAGCCCCAGCCCCCGCCGCAGCCCCAGCCCCAGCCCAAGAGCCGGGAGCUGUUCAGGAGCCAACGGAAGGAGUCCGAGGGCUCGGUGGAUUGCCCCAACCUGGAGUUUGAAUACGGGGAUGCUGACAGCCACGGCUCCGAGUUAGCAGAGCUCUACAGCUACACCGAGGAGCCUGAGCUCAGCAACAACAGGAGGUGCUUCGAGGAGGAUUUUCACACUCAAGUGCAGGACAGGAGGUGGCUGGAGCUGGAUGGGGCUCAGCAGAAGGCCUACAUCAUGCACCUGUUGGAUGGGCUAGAGGUGGUCAGCAGGGACAAGCGGCUCAAAGUAGCAAGGGCCAUCCUCUACCUGGCACAGGGUGUCUUUGGAGACUGCGAUAAUGAAGGCGAUGUCCUGCACUGGUCUCGGCACAACAGCUUCCUCCUGUACCAGCUGGGAACCUUCACCGCCUUCCUGGAGCUCCUCAACAUGGAGAUUGACAACAGCCAGGCCUGCAGCAGUGCCCUGAGGAAGCCAGCCAUCUCGCUAGCCGACAGCACGGAGCUCAGAGUGCUGCUCAGUGUCAUGUACCUGAUGGUGGAGAAUAUCCGUGUGGAGCAAGAGGUGGAUCCUCCUGAGUGGAAAACCUGCCGGGAGACUUUCAGGAUGGAGCUGAGUUUCCCUGUUCACACUGAAGAGCCAUUUGCUCUUCUGCUUUUCACAAUGGUGACCAAGUUCUGCAGUGGCCAUGCUCCACACUUCCCCAUGAAGAAGGUCCUGCUCCUGCUCUGGAAGGUGCUUCUGUUCACGCUGGGUGGAUUUGAAGCCCUGCAGGUGAUGAAGGUGAGGAAGCGGGAGGAGCUGGGGCUGCCACCCUUGCCAGAGGACAGUAUCCAGGUGAUGCGCAGCAUGCGUGCUGCUUCGCCUCCCACCUACUCCAUCGAGCUCAUGGAGCAGCAGCAGCAGAAGCGUGGUCACCGCAGCCGGAGGCCCCUGGUGAAGCAAGACAGUUUGGAUAUCUACAAUGAGAGAGACCCUUUCAAGAAUGAUGAAGCAGGAGUCGAUGAAGAGGAGAAUGACGACGUGGACAGCGGGAUCGAGGGGGAACUGGACCUGAUGGAGCGGGAUGCAAUUAUCCCCACAAUGCCUGCUCAGCGCCUGCCUAUUGAAAGGGUGUCAUUUCCCAAAGGGCUCCCCUGGGCCCCCAAAGUCAGACAGAAAGACAUCGAGCAUUUCCUGGAAGCAAGUAGGAACAAAUUCAUUGGAUUCACGCUGGGACAAGACACUGAAACCCUGAUAGGGCUACCACGGCCCAUCCAUGAAAGCGUGAAGACACUGAAGCAGCACAAAUAUGUUUCCAUCUCAGACAUCCAGAUCAAGAACGAGGAGGAGCUGGAGAAGUGCCCCAUGUCUCUGGGGGAAGAGGACGUCCAAGAAACCCCUUGUGAGGUCUUGUAUCGAGCAAUGUUGUACAAUCUCCCCCAGUAUAUGAUAGCUUUGUUGAAGAUCCUCCUUGCUGCAGCACCCACCUCCAAAGCCAAGACCGACUCCAUCAAUAUCCUGGCAGAUGUGUUGCCUGAAGAGAUGCCCAUUACCGUUCUUCAGAGCAUGAAACUGGGGAUUGACGUGAACAGACACAAAGAGAUCAUCGUGAAGAGCAUCUCAGCUUUGCUGCUCCUGCUCCUCAAGCACUUCAAGCUGAACCACAUCUACCAGUUUGAGUAUGUGUCCCAACAUUUGGUGUUUGCCAACUGCAUCCCGUUGAUCCUGAAGUUCUUCAACCAAAACAUCAUGUCAUACAUCACUGCCAAAAACAGCAUCUCCGUCCUGGAUUAUCCACAUUGUACAGUCUAUGAUUUGCCUGAGCUCACUGCAGAAAGCCUGGAAGCUGGAGACAACAACCAGUUCUGCUGGAGAAAUUUAUUCUCCUGCAUUAACUUGCUGAGGAUCCUCAACAAGCUGACCAAGUGGAAACACUCGAGGACAAUGAUGUUGGUAGUCUUUAAGUCAGCCCCAAUACUGAAACGAGCUCUGAAGGUGAAGCAGGCCAUGAUGCAGCUGUAUGUCCUCAAACUGCUGAAAAUCCAGACCAAAUACCUGGGGCGCCAGUGGAGAAAAAGCAACAUGAAGACCAUGUCUGCCAUUUACCAGAAGGUGCGGCACCGCAUGAACGAUGACUGGGCUUAUGGCAAUGAUAUUGAUGCAAGACCAUGGGAUUUCCAGGCUGAAGAAUGCACCCUGAGGGCCAACAUUGAAGCCUUCAAUAGCCGGAGAUACGACAAACCUCAAGACUCAGAGUUUGCACCAGUGGACAACUGCCUGCAGAGCGUGCUGGGACAGCGGCUGGAGCUCCCCGAAGACUUCCAGUACUCAUACGAACUCUGGUUGGAACGGGAGGUGUUUUCCCAGCCCAUUCGCUGGGAGGAGCUGCUGCACUACCAGUGAGAAGGCCACCUUCACCUGCCCCAGUCCCACCUCAAUAAGGACUCAAGGUGCUACAGGCUGAGGAAAGGAAGAUUAUUUUGGACCUGGGUGUUCUUAGGCACAGCUGGAAAAAGAUUAUGGUCUUUCCAAAGAGACCCAGAGACCCCUGAGUAUGCAGCUCCCGUCUUUUUGGAGGUCAUCCCUUUCCUGUGACUUCUUGUAGACCAUGCAGCAUCAAUUGACCUGCACAGAGGCCACAGACGAGGCUCCAGUGUCACAAUAGUGGCAGUGUCAAGAGUGAGCUUAUCUGGUCUUUACUUCAGAUUGACACCAGUGUACGAGAGCUGAGUCCAGGUCUGUCUCUUAGCUUGGUUCACGCAUGUAAGUAAAUUUGUUGUAAAAGUAUCUCAACUGUGAAAGGUUUUCAUCUCUCCCAAAUGCUCCACGCUGUGCUGAAUUUGUUUUCAUUUAUUCAGUUAUGGCUGUCUGAUAAUGUGCUUCAAACACCCUGCUGCCAUGAACAAGCUGCCCUGCUUUCCUAAUGAAGCUGAAAAUAAGAAAUAUGUGGCACUGGCUGUGACAGUCUCAGUCAGAGGUGACAGGCUGACUUGGCCAAAGGAGAUGACAUUACAUCUUGUCCCUAGGCUGGCAUUACUGCUGCUGGGAUUACACAACCUGACUUACAGAGCCUUGCUUCCACAACUGACAAUUUUUGCAUCACCAGGGAUAGUAAUCCAUUACCUUUUCACUGCUCCACUUUUCCUCCACCAUUCUGUUCACUGUGCAGUGUUUAGAGCUGUAAAGGAUGUUGAUCGCCUCUCUUUCUCUCCACCUGGUUGUUUUUGAAGGAUACUUACUGCAGCUGUUAGGUUUCCAGAUAGCUUUCUUCAUUGCUUUUUAGCCCUUCUAACCCUGGAGGAGACCGUGAAUGCCGCAUUAAAUAACCUAAUUUUUGCACAGAUUUUUGGUUAUUCAGGGGAAUGUUUGUGCCAAGUCUUAAAGUGGGGAGGAAAAGUGCUUUGGUUAACGCUUUAUUGCCAUCAUAUGAGGAAAAGAAUAGACACUGCAGUCUGUAACUUUCAGAAUGAAUAGCAUAUUAGAGCUAUAAACUUUCUAUAAAGUCAAUGCAAACGCUACACUUGGGUAAAGCUGCCCUGCAUGGGGAUGGCAGCUGAAGGCAGGCUGGAAACCCAUGAGGGCUGACCUGCUGAGUGAAUCUCAGCCCUUGGCACUGUGCAGAGUGACAGUCCCUUCUCCUCAGACAAUGGUGCUUUCUGAGGGCUACACUGAGAAGGCAGGGUGGGCUUCACGGUACUUUAGUAUUAUGACAGAGCCUGCAAACUAUAAUCUUUCCUCUACAAAAUUUUAUCAGUCCAGCACAGGGAGUCCUGGCUCUAACCUCCCUCUGGCCAUGAAGCCAGGAGUUUGUUUUUUGUCACAGAAGCAUGUGUUAAUAUAGUGCAGGCAAGCACUUAGGCCGUACUGUUAACAAAAUAUCAAGCACACAAGUGAUAAAACCACAAGUAUUACUUAUUACAGGGUUUGUGCUUAUUGCUGUAGAAUUCAACUGAGAGUGUUUCCUAAAUGGCGUUUGUAAAAGGUGUUUUUAAUGGAAAUAGCAUUAGUAAACCCACUCACCUUUUUAAAUAUGCUUUUGUUCAAAAUAAACCAGAGCAACUUUUAAAGCAUGUA